AUUCAAUGUUUUAUCAAUGCUGAAAUUUGUUUUUAUGAUACCGUCGUAAAUACGCACAUAGUUUCAAAUUGUCACUGGACAUAAUUAAUUACAACGGAAAAAUAAAAACAAAAAUCCUUUAAUAAAGCAUGCUGGAUUAAUUGAAUUGAUUAUUCUGUUAAACUUACAUAAGUAGCAGGUGUUGACUUAUAAAGACAGUCAUGUCACGAAAUAUAAACAAAAGGAUGAACUCACUACAUUGGAUAAGUGAAUUUUACUUUAUGAUUCUUCUCGUAUUUACCCGUGUACGAACGGUUGCAGUGAGGGAUAUAGAUGCAAAUGGAUACAACAUAUGCGAUAUGGAAAGCAGGACAAAGUGUGAUAUGAAAACAACAUAUUGCAGGAAUUUUAAUGGAACAUACAAAUGCCUUUGUAAACCUGGAUAUCAAGAAACAACAAAUCCGUAUUAUUGUACAGAUAUAGACGAAUGUUCAGUUGACGGGUACAUGUGUUACAAUGGUGGAAUAUGUGUUAAUAAUGUUGGAAACUGGACAUGCAUUUGUUUUGCUGGAUACGAGCCCAUAUUUUACGAAGAAAAUAAAGCUAUAUGUGAAGAUAUAAACGAAUGCAGUUGGUCUGAACAUUACACUUGUUACGGGGAAAAUAAUUCUUCAUACUGUUUGAAUACAGUCGGAAGCUGGGAAUGUUCAUGCCAAAUUGGUUUCAAAGCAAGAAAAAUUACUGAACAUCUAAGAACCUGUGAAGACAUUAAUGAGUGUACAGAUAAUGACUAUUCCUGUCAUGGUGGAGAAUGCAUUAACAUACCUGGUGGCUGGUAUUGCGACUGUCCUGCAGGCUACACGAAUGAAUCUGCCGAAUUUGGUUCUAGACAUAUAAUAUGUAAAGAUAUUAAUGAGUGUCUGGAUGUCAGUGUGGCGUGUUUACACGCGUCAGGCUGUGUUAACACUGUUGGAAGUUGGAAAUGCAUAUGCAGAGAAGGACUAAAAGAGAAAGAGUUGAACGAAACUAGCAAAGUUUGUACUGGGGAGUACCAGUAUGUUGCUUCAAUGAGUUUUACAUUAACCGGUAGAGUCACAGAUGUUGGAAGGUUAGAAAUAGCUACCAAGAAAAAGAUUCUGGAUAUGUAUUUAGAAACAUUCAACGAUACAAAUGUGUGGAUAGAAAUGAUAAAGAUUAACGGCCUUCCUGAUUCUGUUAGAAAGAAAAGGUCUCUUCUCAUUCAUCAUGAGAUUACCGCCGAAUAUAUUAUUCACACUACUGAAGUCAAAACUCAAGAUCAGUUAGAACGCGUUGAGAAAGUUUACAAGCGGGAAAACUGUAAAAAACAGAUAUUUAUUUGUAAAGACCACAUAGAUGGAUAUCCAAUACUGUUAUCUGGAAUAGAGACUAAGGACCAAGAUGCAAUAUGUGAGACAAAAAUCAACGUGUGUGAUAAGGUGACAUCCACAUGUUCCAGUGCAAAAGGACAGCUACAGUGUAACUGUAGCAAAGGAUACACUAAACCUCCUGGUGAAAAUUCGUUACUUUGUAUAGAUAUAAAUGAAUGCAACAAUAUCGGUGAAGCUUGUCCAAACGGAACGACUUGUCACAAUACUGCAGGGUCAUGGGAAUGCUCGUGCAAAAGAGGACUGAAAGCGAUAGAAACUACACCUGGUAAAAAAGAAUGCAUAGAUCCAUGUAGCCUUUCGAAAUGCUAUUUCACAUCAACAUGUAAGCAUUAUGACAACGAGGACGGCUAUAUCUGCGGAUGUCAGGAGAGUCGAAAGGGAAAGUACUGUCAGGAGAUUGAUCACGUCUUCAUAGAAUCAAAAUUUAAAACAACAUUGUAUGUAAUAUGCGGAACACUAGGGGGAAUAGCAUUAAUUUGUAUAUGUAUAAUUAUCGGGAUAUGCAGAAAACGGCUGCCUUCGCCACAGAAUAUAUCUUCAAGAAACAGCUCUGCAAGACAAACCAUUUCUAAUACAGCAAGCAGUGUCAAAGACAUCCCUCUAUCUAAUCAGCGACAGCGCCAAGAAGUUGAUAGAUCUGAAAGUGCCCCUAACAGAGGUGGAAUGAAUAAAAGAAACGCGGACAAUGCGAGGGGCUUACAAUCUUAUAAUUACACAUAUGGACAAAGAGCAGAUUUGACUGAUUACAACAGUUCGCAUGUAACACGUGAGGAACAUCAGUAUGAAACAAUCCGUGAUGAUCACGUAUACGAAACUCUUCAUACGUAUGUCAACAUGUGAACAGAGUGUAAUUUACGAACACUAUAAUCUUUUAUACAAGGAAGUGGAUUUGUGGCUUUGUUGCUUAAUUUUUAAAUAGUUGUUUUCUUGAAACUAUUGAUUCAGGUUGAUAAAAGAAACAAA